AUGAUUGUCAAGCCAGCGAGAGUUUGGUCGGCAUAUCUUGCCGCCACCACUCCUAAUCGGCAGUGGUGCACAGAAGCGUACACACGAAUUGAGGUAUACGAGGUUGAUGGUGCCUUUUACUAUCAACUAUGUAAGUGGCAAAAGUUGAUGGACGCCGACGACCGCGUGACGAGAGUCUGUUGCGCAACGAUGCAGGUGCCUCAUCGGAGGCGUGGACAGUGGUACAAAUCGAUGGCCGUCGCUGCAGUCGUGGUCGACGUGGGGACUCCUCUUGCGCCUCCUCACACCACUUCGAUCCAUGCACAACAGAAGCCGCUCGGAACCGACGCUCCGGCUGGCGAAGAAAAUGCCGAAGUGCUAAAAUGCUGCGACGACGGCAUCGGUGUCGAGGGACAGCGAAUUGCGUUCGAGAAUCACCGCCUCCGCUGA